AUGUUUGCUGGAAUGCAGUCUCAGGGCACUUUUGGUGGGGUCAACUCUCAUAGCUCACACACAAAUAUGACACAGAUUUCGACAAAUUCAUCACAACCAGACAGCCAGCAACCACUACCACCACUACAUUCUACAUUAAAUCUACAACAACAGCACCAACAAUUAGUGAAUAAUAAUAGUACGACCCAUUCACCAGUUGAUAUUUCCUUGAAUAGUCAUAGCAAUCAGUCUAAAUCUAGCAAAAGACGUCGGAAUACGAAUACCAAAACAGAAGUAGUAAUACCAGCACCGAAUCAGUCUACGUCUAUGCCAAAUAAUAAUAUUAAUAGGCCACCCAUUGCCCCACGAACGCACACGCUACAAUCACAACAAACGCAGCAGCAGCAACAGAGGUCCCAAAUCGGAACUUAUGUCGUGCCACAGCUACCAACAAAUCAGCAACUAGUUGCCUUGCAACAACAGCAGCAACAUACAUAUUCAUCUCCGAUGCACAUGGCAUUAAUUCAGCAGCAGCAACAGCAAAUUUCACAGGCAAUGGGGAUUCCGCGGCCUAAUAAUAUAAUACCAAGUAAUUAUACGCAAAUAGCAUCAUCACAGGGACAAAGCUAUCAUCAUCCAGAUUGGUUGUCGGAUGAACGAGCAUACGUGGAACAACAACAGGAAAAUAUUUAUAAAUGCUUAAAGUUAGUUAGUGAUAAUAUAGGUCACGAUUGGGAAGCUGGGCGCCAAGUAUAUGCCGAGGUGCAAAAAUUUGUUCGCAUGUUUAAAAAUGACAAUUACAAAAGGGAUAUAACACAGUGGCUCAAUUGUUUUAAUUCGAAUAUUACAAACAAUACGCCUAAUUUACCCGUUCAAAAUGUCAAUAUUCAUUCUUUACCUACACAAAAUGUGCAACAAAUCGUUCGUAAACCGCCACCGAAUCAUAAUAAUCCCAAUAGUAGUCACGUGUCUAGCAGCAAUAUUCCACCGGAAAAUGAACCCAUAUUUCAACGGGUGGAUCCAGAGGCGCAAAAUGUUCAUUGGAGAUUAGAACACAAACAGAACUUCAGUGAGCCGGAACUUAGGCACAGACAGAGCUACAGCGAUAUGGACAUAAAGAUACAUUCUCGUGACCUAAACAGAAUCUAUAGGCCCGAGAAUCCAUUUAUCCCGACAAUCACCACGGAACAAAGAGAUCUUCCUCUUUCCAUUCGACUUAUAUGUCGGAAAACGAAUCGUCAUGAUGAAGAUAAAUGCGAAUGGCCAGAAGGAUUAUCACUUUACCUCGACGGUAAUCCUUUGCCCUUUGAAAAGCGAGUUAAACAAAUGGUAAAUGGUCGAAAUGAUCAGUUUGUCUACAAUGGAAUAGAUCGGCCGCUGGAUUUGAGCAAUUGGAUUCGAAAUACACAUCACAGGCUAAGGAUAAGCGUGCCCGGCAAUGCUUGUUGCUGCACCACACAGCAAUAUGGCGGAGGCCUAGAGUGUCGUAGUAAUUAUCGAUUCUCCAUCGAAUACCUGUUACGGGAAACUCGUGAUAUUGUAUUGCAUAAUGCUCGACGAAAUACAAUUCCUUUGGAAGACGGAAUAAAAGUUGUAAACCGACUUGUUUCUGGCAAUAACACCACCAAUAACGAUGAUGUCAUGAUAGUGCAAACCGUUGUAAAAGUUUGCAUGAAAUGUCCUCUCACUUUAACGAGAAUAAAAGAGCCCGUUAAAGGAGUUGAUUGUCGUCAUGUUGCGUGCUUUGAUCUCACCUCAUAUGUUGAGGUGAAUAGAAUAAAGCAAACGUGGAACUGUCCUGAAUUUGGAUGCCGUAAUAAAGUUACAGCAGACAAAUUACGCACAGAUCUCUUUUUCAAAAAAUUGUUGGAUGAAGUGCCUCAGGAUGCGACGAUGAUCGAGCUAGGAAUGGAUGGGUCGUGGAAACCAGUAUCAGAUGGGUCCAAUGAUGGCGACACUGAUUCAGAACGUCACGCGAAAAAAACAAAACCAGCACCACGAAAUGAACCUAACAAUCAAGAAGUGAUCGUAUUGGAUGAUAGUGAUGAUGACGACAACAACAAACAAGAUCAACAAAAAUCCGAAGCAAAUAACAACCAUCGCGCACCAAUUCCUUCUUUUAAUAAUGUCCCAAUAAAUCGAAGGCCAGAAAUCUCAAUACCACCCCCAACUUUUUCGAGACAAACAAUAGCGCCAGCGGAGAGCAAUAAUCUAAUAUCAUCAUCUACAUCACCUACAAUCGGAAAAUCAAACACCCCUUCUCCGCCACUUCCGCUCACGCCAAUGGACCAACGCAUAAUGAAUUUACCACCGAUUAUUACAUCAAACCACCAAAUGACGACAAAAAAUGAUUUUGUUGUUGAUUCGAAUCGUAGACUAACGGACUCCUUAAAUAGCGAUGACUUAAGUAAAACGAUAAAUAAUGCUAGAUUUCCUACUAAUAUUAAUUCAACGAAUUAUAUCGAUGAUGGAAGUUUGACUGAAGAAGAGGAAGAGGAAGUAAUGGAUUCUGGGAGGGUAAUUAUGAAGUGA